AGUGUACAAGUGAAAUUAAUGGAAUGGAAAUUAUAGCAAUAACAAGAAUGUGCUAUUUGUUAAAUAUUCAGUUUUCAACUGGGCAAAGUAACAAACAUAAACAUUGCUGUCUCAGGUCUAAGUGUGUUGUUUUUUCUUAAAAUCUUCAUCCAGUGACACAAUGUUUCAAUAUGCAAACAAACGCCUGGCAUGUUUUCUCCUGGUAUGUAGCCUUAAACUUUCUCACUCAAAAGUCACAAAUGCUAAAUGUUUUUGGAGCUCUUUUUGUGCCAAGAAAGUCACACGUCCUGAAGUUCAGUGAGACUUCAAAUACAUGUAGUUAGCCAGCUCAAAAGGAGCAUGUUCUAUUGUUUUCCAAUUAGGCUAGUGUUGAGAGAGAAGACUGAUCGCAGAGUGAUCCAGCGAGGGUUAACAGUGACCCGCCCAUCCCUCUGUGUUCCCUCCUCCUACCGACGCUCACUGGCUGAGCGAGAACACACACUCACUCCGCCGAGAACUACACCGAGACACACGAGCAAACCGAGACUGGAGAGACCAGAGAGAGGGAGGGACUAUAGGUACACGACUGUGAGAAACAGUUCUCAUACCGUAUGCUCCUAGCUGGGUCUUUUCCCUCCAAACCAAACCCUUGUGCUAGUCCUCGCUCAACACAGCCCUGACCACUCCAUGGGACUCCAGACCCGGGCGCUAAGCGACCCAGCGUUCUCCUCCAUGGCGUGCCUCGACGUGGAGACCCCCGCCGCCUGCAGGGGUAAAUUCAAAUCAGUGCUCCAACUCCGCCUGCAGCAGAGACGCACCCGGGAGCAGCUGGUGGAGCAGGGCAUCAUGCCACCACUGAAAUGCCCUGCUGCUUUCCAUGAGCAAAUCCGCAGCCUAGAGAGGUCCAGAACUGAGAACUUCUUAAAGCAUAAGAUCCGCAGCAGGCCUGAACGCUCAGAGCUGGUCCGGAUGCACAUUCUCCAAGAGACUCACGCAGAGCCCUCACUGCAGGCUACUCAGAUGAAACUGAAGAGGGCCAGGCUGGCUAUUGACCUGAAUGAGAAGCUGGCCCAACGGCCCGGCCCCAUGGAGUUGGUGGUCAAGAAUAUUCUGCCAGUGGAACCCAGCCCUGUAACCGAUGGCGAGUCAGACGCGGACACAAAGACAGCUACGCUGGACGUGUACAACUUUGACGAGGACAGCAGUGACGCCCUUUCCCCAGAGCAGCCAGCCAGCCAGGAGUCCCAGAGCUCCUCUGCCCUCUCCCCCCUAACCCCCAGGGGUAGCGAGGCCCCAGCUGGCCCUUCCAACUCCCCGCCCUCCAGCUCCAUCACCAUUCAGCACUGCCCACCUACAUCCCAGUCCAACACAGACUUCCUCAACUUCUCUCAAGUCUCCACCAAUGAGCAUCAGAACAAUCACCUAGUGAACACACCUCAACAAAUCACCUCUGUUGUCUCUCCAAAGGUGGGGCCAACGUUAGUGAAGCAAAGCCAGCCAAAGACACCCAGUGACAAGAACCGCAGCAAAAAAAAUAAGGAUCUCAAGCCGCGGGUGAAGAAGCUCAAGUAUCACCAAUACAUUCCCCCAGACCAGAAACAGGAACCUAACGAGGCCCCCAUGGAUUCAACCUAUGCCAGGCUACUACAGCAGCAGCAACAGUUCCUCCAUCUGCAGAUACUAAGCCAGCAGCAGCAACACUAUAACUACCAGGCUAUCCUACCUGCCCCUCUCAAGUCGAUUGAGGGUCAAAACAGCUGUCCAAAUCUGUCCAGUGCCACCGUGGUCUCUCCUCCCGGUGCUGCCCCCAUUCGAUCCAUCCGCAAACCUGGUGUUCUACUUCCCAACCUGGACGAAAUGAAGGUUGCCGAGCUGAAGAUGGAGCUGAAGCUGCGAGGUCUGCCGGUUUCUGGCACCAAGACUGACCUGAUAGAGAGACUAAAGCCCUAUCAGGAGACUCCCAGCAGCCACCCUGCCUCUGCCAUGGAGGUCACCAGCUCCACUAGGGCCCCCCAGCCUGAGAGCAUGAGCUCCACCCCCCCUGUGUCCCCCGCAUCCUCUGACGUUUCUAGCCUGGGCACGGAGGAGAGCGGGAUGCCCGGGGCUCUGUCGCCAGCUCGGCCGCCUCCCUCCAGGUCAUUUCCGCACAGGGGUCACACGGAGGACGGCCCGAUGGAGACCGGGACAUUAGAGAAGGACCAGCGGCUGCACGAGAAGGAGCGUCAGAUCGAGGAGCUGAUGAGGAAGCUGGAGCAGGAGCAGCGGUUGGUGGAGGAGCUGAAGAUGCAGCUGGAGGUGGAGAAGAGGGGUCAGCCCAGCCCUCCUUCCCUGGCCCUGACCCAGGUCAAGGAAGAGGGCGUGGCUGCUUCAACCUGCCUGGCCACACGUAGGCCGCUGGGUCUUUCUGUCGACGUGAAACAAGAAGAUGCCGCACCGGCCAAGGAGCAUGCCCAGUUCUUUGUCAGCCGCCAGCAGGUGCCUCAGGUCCUCAGACAGCCCCCGGCCCUGGUGUCAGGCCAAUCUGGGACACAGAUCCUGCUGCCCGUGUCCCUACCCAUCAACACUGCCACCAUCCAGCCGGCCAACAAAAACGCCACGCUUCAGGUCAGACAGCCGGUCCUCCAGACCUCUGUCACCUGCACUGCUCCAGUCCUCAACCAGAAAACAGAGGCCCCCGUAACCCAACAGCAACACACAUCCCAGACACAACCCAUGCCACAGGCAACAGUCCCACCAUGCAGCUCGUCCACCUCAGGUUCUGAGUUCCAGUUCAGAGCAGGUGCAGGCCAGGCAGAGGAACCCCAGUGUUUCCUGAAUACCUCCCCAGGUAGAAGGUCCCCAUCCAGGGCCAAAACCGAACAAGCAGACCCCAAUGGCCCCACAAACAAGUCCACUUCUCCUUGCCAGCCCACCUUCUCAAACCACAUCCCGAAGAGUAAGGACCCGCCUCGUUAUGAAGACGCCAUCAAACAGACCCGCAGCAUGCAAAAGACAGCAAAGGUGCCCACGGCAACCAGCCAGCACAUGGACGACCUGUUUGACGUGCUGAUUGAGAGUGGAGAGAUCUCCCCCUUCAUAAGACAGGACCCUCCCUUUCCAGACAAGCUGCUUCCUGUUACCGCCAGUGUAACCACCCUACCCAUCAACACCGUGCACUCCCGUCCCCCACCCCAGAUCCAGGUGGCCCGGCAGCCGGGCCCCACCCUGAACCCUCAGGCCCCAUCAAGCCUGACAGCCCUGGCCACAGAUAACCAGCUGGAGGCCUUCCUGGAAGGCACACUGGGGGGAGGGACAGAGCCCCGGACGCUGAGGCUGAUGGAGGAGCUGCACAGCCAGUUGCUGGAGCACUCCCCCAUGGACAUGGACCCAAACACCACGGGGUUCAACAGUGUCAGUGGACCCUCCCCCGGCUUCCACCUGGAAAACGCCAACUUAGAGAACAUGGAGUGGCUGGACCUGACCAUGCCUGGGCCGGCAGGUGGUCUCAACCCACUGGGCCUUCCCCCAUCUACCGGGGUCUUCUCCUCUGACUUCCUGGACUCACAUGACCUGCAGCUACACUGGGACUGAGGCAGGCAACAUGAGCCCCCAAAAAACAGGACUGUUCAGAGAGACACACACACACUGAUGAGAUAGAGGGCCCGGUCUUCGAGAGGAGGGUGCAGUGCUGUAGGCUGGGAGUCUUUGUGUUCAGUUGAGUGCAAAGUUCCGAGCAGCUCAAGGUUGGACAGUAUGGUUGUUUCCCUCUGAGGUAACAUCCCUCAAGCUGGCCACUCAUUCUGAGGAGGGCAAAGCACCAGCUGGGCUGGCCCUGGUGUAGAUUAACAGUAACAGCAUGUUGAUCUCCCACUGUGGUCUCUUUCAGAAGUGGAUCAGGUCUGAGGGAGGUGGAUCAGGUCUGAGGGAGGGUGUCUUCUGAAAUGGCGUUACAGUAGAUGAGGAGUGGGAUCAGGAAAUGUGAAGCCUGCUGAGGAUGAAAACUUUCUAGUGGAAACAGAUGUUGACCCUGGUGUUAGAGGACUUAAUGCCUGGUGCUGACUGUGUCACACACUGACAUCGCAGAACAAUCACAAAUGCAUCACUCUUUGGUGAUAAAUUUGAUAGACAACGCAAACAAUGUAUAUUAUAGGACUGCCUACUUCUGUUUCAGUGUGCCUGCUACCAACAUCCAUAAGGCAGCUGUGUUAGAGUCCUGUGUGUAUAACCGAUUGUAAGGUGGUAUUAGCUUAGCAUUAUGGCUUUGACUUGACUCCCACUGCUUUUCUCAUUGCCCCUAUGCCCCAUUCAUUGCCUCAUAUCAAUGGAACACAGAGGGUUAAAGACUACACAUACAGCCUUAUUUAUAUGACCAUUUGGAAAAUACUUUGCGAUUAUAUGGCUUUCACUUAAUUAAACUACAGAUUUUGCACAGAGUAACAGAGGGACAAUUGGUAUUUUUGUCACAAAAAUGAAGCAGACAACUAGUUAAAGUGAAUUGUUAACAGGAAUUUUUAACAGGAAGAUCUGCACUUGUGCAAUUUAACUUUUAAGGCAAUGUUUUUGUGUUUGCAGCGACUGCCCUCAUGCUGCAAAUUUUGGCCCAAUCAGAAAUCUAUUCCUUAGAGACCUGUCGCUCUGAGUAAUUGUAAAUUAGAAGUUAAGAGACAUCACAUUGUUGGCGGCUGUUGUUCUUAUGCUAUCCUUCUGUGGAAAGAGAAGGGCCAGUGGUAGUUUAUCAAACUGAAACGUGCUAUAAGCUGCCUUAGUGUUCACAGGGAAACUGCUUUAGAUAACACUGCUGUAGCUUGCCACGCCUAGGCCUAUGGCCUUUAUAUCACUGACAAAAGAGCCUUUGAACAAUGGUGUCUCUCUCAAACCUUUUGUCAAGUCUGGAGUGUAUUUAUCCCAAUGUACAGAUCAGCUGAAUUUUGUGUGGCGUGCAGUGCACAGGAGAGAAAGAGCUGGUCUGCAUCUGUUUUGCAUAUCACUUUUGUUUGUUUUGACUAGAGGAGCCGCCAGAAAUACAAGCAGUAAAUUCCCCUAAGCAUUUACAUGGCUCUCUUCAAUAUACCGCCUGAUCUUAGUUGGCUGACAUACUGAGAACAGAGAAAUUGACAUCAUUCAGUUUGACAAGCAAGAGAGUCAAAGUCAAUGAUGGGUGAGGUUUUCCAAGGUGAUUGUGAUUUUGUGAGCAGAUUAUCAAUAUUUUUGGCCAUAGUCCUACAGGUUAACGUCUCUUUUACAGUCUCUUUUUGUGUAAGCAUAAUUCUUAUAUAAUUCUGUGCUAGUUUGUGCCUCUAUUCAUGGAGCCUUAGCCCAGCAGGUCAUGUUGGGUUGAAAUUCCACUCAUAUCACAUCAAUAGAGGCAGGCUUUCAAAACAAAGCAGUACCCAAUCCAAAUGUACCAUUACUACCAACACUAACUCAAUCCAGAUUGUUGUAAUAGCCUUAGUUUUCACUCCUCACUCCCAGUUUUAAACUGUCUAUGCCAGACACAUUUUAUUUUUGGUUAAAAUCAUACAUUAUUAUAGCAAUCCAACAAAGUCGAAAAUGCAUUACUGUUUCGACUACUGGUAAAAAAUAAAUGACAAGGGAAUUGAAGGGUAUUAACUCUUAAUAAUUUAAAUAUAAACAAGUUAACUAGAGGACUUUACAUACAGGGAUUGACUUGGCUUUUCAAAUACAAUCUGAUCUGUGCAAAGUUUAACUAUCAUUAGAAACUCAGAAACCUACUAGCAAUUUAGUAGUGCCCCCAUCUCAUUAGGUUGAAUUAAAGGAAAGCCAGUAUAAUAAGUGCCUUCUACAUAACAAAUGUUAUAAAGUUGACAAAUAUGUUUGAAUGUACCAGGUUUGGUGAUUAUAUCAUAAAUCACCCCUAAAUCCCUUCUUACAGAAGAAAUGGAAGCCUGUUAUGUGUAACAGGAAGGUAAAAGUGCAUACAAGCUUCACAAAAAAAGAUUGUUCACAAACAUUUCUAGCCUAUCUAUCUCUCGGGAGUCUCGCGAGGAAAUACCUCAAAAUCUUGUCACAGCUGAUCUAAAAGGCUAAUCUCUCGGUCUGUUUGACAUGCUCCAUUUCCUACCUGAAAACACCAGACCAUUGGCCAGAAGAGUACAACCAGCUGACAUGCUUGAUUUUACUAGAUGUUCAAUGUUUAAUAUCAUUCUUUUUUUGGAAUAUUAUUCACCAUAAUAAAAUGAGUUUAGUUUGCUUUUUCGUGGUUAAACGUAACAUGUGAGACAGAUUUAUUUUAUUACAUUUUAUAUGAUGGUGAAACUUGGAAAAAUGCAGACUUUCUAUUUUAGCACUUAUUCAUAUACAAAUUAAUAUUCUAUUAUUGAAUUCUCCAUGUGGUCUGUAUUAAAAAGCAAUUUAACACAAUAAGCUUUUCAAAUGGAGUAUUCGUUCAGAAAAAUAUCAGAGGGAAAAAGCAUUUGUUUUGUGGAAGCAUUGACGCACCAAUCACAGUAUAAUACUUUCUGGGAAAUACAUGGCAGAAAGUGCUGAAGGUAUAUAUCAUUUCAGUUUUUGAUAAAUCGUCUCCUACCAAAGAUAAUUACUUUGAAACUGUUUAAGAAUAGAACAAUGUCAGGCAUCUGUUUAAGAAAAACAAAAGCAAUGACAAAAGCACAAAAUGUUAUGUACCUGGUCUUCUUUGAGUAAAUCUUUGGUUUUGUCCAAGCAUUCAUACAUUCAGUAGUAAAAUGAGGCAGGUCGCCCACUGAAAAAUUAUGUUUUCCAACUAAAGAAAGGGACAAUCAGCCAGAAUCAGAAGUAAUUUUAUUUGCACUAAUCUACAUUAGUAUAGCCCCCUUGAUGUAUUGAUUCAUAGUAUGCUGUGCAUUUUGCACAUUGUGAAUAUAUAUAUUUUUGUCAUGCAUUUUAUACAAAUGUAGCACAUCUGAGCUAUUUUUUACUGUAUACAGUAUGUGUAUUGUAUACCAAUAAUGUUUUUGUGUAUAUACAGCCUGUGUCAUAAAAAAUAUAAUAUACAGUGCUGUGAAAAGGUACUUGCCCACUUCCUGAUUUCCUCUAUUAUUGCAUAUUUGUGGCACUGAAUGGUAUCAGAUCUUCAUACAAAAUGUAAUAAAACAAAGAUUACCCAAGUAAGCAAAAAUAUUCAGUGUGGAAAUGACAACUGUAUUUAAAGGAAAACGGUUAUCGCCAACUGUCCCUGAAAAAGUGAUUGUCCCCCUGAACUUGCUCCACCCUUAGUGGUAAAGGCAACAAAAUGCUUCCUAUAACUGGUGAUCAGUCUUUCACAUUGCUGUGGAGAAAUGUUGGCCCACUCUUCUUUGCAGAAUUGCUGUAAUUCAGCAACAUUGGAGGGUUUUUGAGCAUGAAUUGCUUAUUUAUGGUCAUGCCAAAGCAUAUCGGUGGGGUUCAAGUUAGAACUUCAACUAGGCCUCUCCUAAACAUUCCUUUUGUUUCUUUUGAGCCAUUCUGAAGUGGACUUGUGUUCAGGAUCAUUGUCCUGCUACAUAGCCCUAUUACACUUCAGCUUCAGAUCCCAGACGGGUGACCAGACAAUCUCCUUUAGAUUUUUUUGGUAUUGAGUAGAAUUCACGGUUCCUUCAAUGACGGCAAGUCGUCCUGGCCCUGAGGCAGCAAAGCAUCCCCACACCAAACUACCACCACCAUGUUUGACUGUUGGGAUGAUGUUCUUAUUGUGAAAUGCUGUGUUUGCGUUAAGCCAGAUAUAACAGAAAGUGCCCCUUUUGAUGUGUGUCCACAGAACACUGUCCCAGAACAUUGACUUGGAAGUCAUCAAUGGGCUUUUUCGCAAAUGUGAGACAAAACCAGAUGUUUGUCUUAGGGGUUCUCCCAUGAAUUCCAAUUUUGGCUUUGUGUCUUUCAAUUUUGGCCUUUGUGUCUGUUGAAUCAUGAACACUGACUUCAGCUGAGGCUAGAGAGGCCUGCAGUUCCCUAGAUGUUGCCCCGGGUGUUUUUUUUUUACUUCCUGGAUGAGUCGUAGCUGCAUCCUUGGAGCAAUUUUUGCUCACUGGUAGUUGGUUCGCUGGAAUCCCGUCAUCUUUACGGAAUUUAUUUUGAUUGCGGCAGGAUGUGCUGCAUGUUGAGAAAAGUUGUAGCCUACUUCACAUCGAUGGUGGGGUUCCAUAUAACUCAUGCUUAGAUUGAACAGGGUUGGCAGUAAUCAAGCUUGGGUGUGUGCGCUCUAAUCUAAUCCAAUGAUCAAUCGACAUGGGUUGAAUGAGUAACAAUGGGGCCCGUUACUUUUUCACUAAAGGGCCAGUUGGCGUUGGAUUACUUUUUCACCUUCAAAAACACAGAAUGUUGUGUUUGCUUGGGUUCUCUUCGUAUUAUGUUACAUUUUGUAUUAGGAUCUGAAACCAUUCAGUGUGACAAAUAUGCCAAACGAGGAAAUCAGGAUAGGGGCAAAUACCUUUUAAUGGCACUGUAGGUUGUUUGUGAAAGUCAUUCAGUUUUUUAUGGUCAAUAAAACAACUUGAUCAUCAAAUUGGAAAUUUAAAUACAUAUUUUGUUUAGCAAGAAGUUUCACACCACUACAAGAGUAGGCUUUGAUAAGUAACAAGCAGCUUUAGUGUUCAUUUGGAAUACUAUACAGGAAUACUAUACACAUGCUCAUCAGAACAAUGAAAAUAAAUAUUAAUGUAGAAAAAUUACACAGGUAAAGUUGUUGUCAGAACAAUUAAAUCUACACAUAAAAUGUAGAGGAUCCAAUCCAACCGCAGUUCUUAUAGUAUAGACACUGCUAUCGUUAAAAGACAGGUGGGAGUAAAACUGACCACUUUUCAUUGUCCAUUUCCCUCAUUGUCCAUUGCCCUGCUUUAAUGUGUCCUGACUCUCUAUGGUCACUAAAACCAAUAAAACGAAUCAUAA